GCGCCCGGCUGGUGUACUGCUCUGCGGGGAGGUCGCUCGGAAUCAGCAUGGCGGUGCGGGAGGAAGGGGAGUGCGGUGGGGCCGUCAUCUGUUAAACAGCUGGAGCUUGAUUAUACCGAUCCCCCGCGGAAGUCAUAUACGUGUUUGUCUGGGGCAAGUUUCAGUCAUAUCUGUUGUUGUUUAUUAUCCUGUAACCAAGCGAAAGGCCCCCGGAAUUAAAUGCAACCUGCCCCAUCAGGGGAGAGAUAAGUCCCGAGGAUGCCGCCGGGGUUCCCACUUACUCCCUAGCCCCUCCAGGAAUCUCUCUGUUUGCCGGUGACUGUGCAUCUCCCACCUGUCAGAUUGCUCCUACUCAGUGACCUGCGCUCCUGCCCGGGGCGUUACCAUAACCGCCCCUCUAUACCUGCUAUAGACCUACUACCAGGGCAUGGGGAUUGGCAGCAGGGGCGCCACCUGGAUGUGAUCCAGGCUACACCCACUAUCUACCUGGUGCAAGUAGGAAGUAAAUCUGAAAAUAAUAAUAAUAAACCACAUUUUCUUACUCAUUGGUUGACCUGUGUACCUACAGAAGGCUUUUCCAAGAGGGAAUUCUACCUUGAUGAAUGACUUGGGCAAGGAAAUGUUCAUUUCAUGGCUGCUCCUAAUGAUGGAUUAUAAGUAGUACCUUGGAUGAGAGAAGAACUUAAAGUACAAGGUGUUUUAAGUGGUGUUUUUUUUGGGGACCAGUAUGGGGAAUUGGCCAAGGAACUGGACGGAUAGUUUACUACAGACUGACCCAGAGUCCUGUUAGCUGAUGUGUGUUAUGUAUAGGUAAUACAUUUAACAGUGCCAAGGUCUUGGCAAUAAGUAGCUGCCUGCAGAGGCCAGGAUCAGGGAGGAUUUUUUCCCCUUCAUUCCUGUUUUGGAGUAAACCUCCUUAAGCUGUCCCAGAUGCCUUCAGCUUUGGCGAUUUUCACCUGCCGCCCAAAUUCUCACCCUUUCCAGGAGCGACAUGUCUACCUGGACGAGCCGGUCAAGAUUGGGCGCUCAGUGGCACGCUGUCGCCCUGCACAGAACAAUGCCACCUUUGACUGUAAAGUGCUGUCCAGAAAUCAUGCCCUUGUUUGGUUCGACCACAAGACUUGCAAGUUCUACCUGCAAGACACUAAGAGCAGUAAUGGUACCUUCAUAAACAGCCAGAGGUUGAGUCGUGGGUCAGAAGAAAGUCCACCCUGUGAGAUUCUCUCUGGUGACAUCAUCCAGUUUGGGGUGGAUGUGACGGAGAAUACACGGAAAGUGACCCAUGGUUGUAUAGUGUCUACAGUAAAACUCUUCUUACCAGAUGGCUUGGAGACCAGGCGGCGAUCAGAUGUGAUCCAAGCUCCACUAGCCAGUCCGGUUGACAAGGUCGCUGCUCACACCCCCAGUAUGUACUCUCAGGAACUCUUCCAACUGUCUCAGUAUCUACAGGAGGCCUUACAUCGGGAACAGAUGUUGGAACAAAAACUUGCCACUCUUCAGCGGUUACUAGCCAAUACACAGGAAGCUUCAGAUACUAGUUGGCAGGCUCUAAUAGAUGAAGAUCGACUGUUAUCACGCUUAGAGGUAAUGGGGAACCAGUUGCAAGCUUAUUCAAAAAAUCAAACAGAUGACGGCAUUCGGAAAGAAUUGAUAGCUUUGCAAGAAGACAAACACAAUUAUGAAACAACAGCCAAAGAGUCCCUGAGGCGGGUCCUUCAGGAGAAAAUCGAGGUGGUGCGGAAGCUGUCAGAAGUAGAGAGAAGUCUUAGCAAUACAGAAGAUGAAUGUACCCAUCUUAAAGAACUAAACGAAAGGACUCAAGAAGAAUUACGUGAAUUGGCCAACAAGUAUAACGCAGCUGUAAAUGAAAUUAAAGAUCUCUCUGACAAACUCAAGGCAGCGGAAGGACGGCAGGAAGAAAUCCAGCAGAAAGGCCUAGCAGAAAAGAAGGAAUUACAACAGCGAAUUGAUGAGAUGGAAGAGAAGGAGCAGGAACUUCAAGCCAAAAUCGAGGCCUUGCAAGCCGACAAUGAUUUUACCAACGAACGUCUUUCUGCCUUACAAGUACGGUUAGAACAUCUUCAGGAGAAAACACUUAAGGAACACAGCAGCUUAGGCAUUCAAGUUGAUGACUUCAUACCUAAAAUCAACGGCAAUGCAGACAAAGACAAGCUUAUAGACGAAGAACACCUGACGAACGCGAAGCAAGAAACGCUGCAUAUAAAAGAGAGUCCGGCAGACAUCAAAGAUUCAGAUCUAUCCGACACGCUCAGUCCUAGUAAAGAAAAGAGCAGUGACGAAACUACAGACGGCCAAAUGGAUGAGCAGGAGUUAAAUGAAUCCAUUAACAAAAAUGCUUUGUUAAAAGAUGAGAUGCACCAUGUGCAGACUGGGGCUAAUGAAGCAAGACUUGAUAUCCAGCACCUCCACAAGGAACUGUUAGAUGCCCAAGAACUGGCAAAGACAAGUAAACACAAAUGUAUAGAGCUGCAAGCACUUUUGGAGGAAGAGAAAAAGUCCAAAAGACUGCAAGUCGAGGAAUCCACUAAACAGAUACAGCAUCUUCAAGCUCAACUACACAGGUUACAGAAUGAAAUAGAGAUCUUACGUGAACAAAAAGAAAGUGAAAUCUCCAGUACGCGUGAAGAACUGUCAAAUGCUCAAGAAGAGAUUGCCCUACUCAAGCAAGUAACUGAGCGGGUGACCACUGAACGGGACAACGAAAUAUCUGAGCUUCAGGGUGAACUGCAGGAGGUGCGCUUUGAACUUGAACAUUGGCGCAAGACUGCAUCUCACUAUGAAAAAGAAAUUAGCAAUUUGCAGGCCAGCUUCCAGGCUCAGUGCAAAGAACGGGAGGACCUGGAAAAUAAAGAAUCUGCUAAGUGGCAAGCUGAGUUGGAAGAGCUACGACAGAAUGUCAGUUCCUUGAAAGCUGACUGCCUUUCUCUGCAAAAAGAAAAUACUGUGUUAGGUGAAGAAUGCCAGAGAACGGAGAGAGAACUUUGCAGUACACAAAAGCAGUCACUAGACCUCACCAGUAACCUCAAUGUUCUUGAAAUCACGAGAAAAGAGCUUGAAAGCCAAAUGGGAUCCUUGAAAGAACAGAAUCAGCAGGAGGCAGCUAACUUGAAGGCCCAACUUAAAGAAGCAGAAAAGCGAGUAAACACUGUUCAGGAAGAGUUUGAGAGCACCCAAGCUAAACUAAUUGAGUUGAGGGGGACGUUUGAAAAGACUGAGCAAGAAAAACAGACAAUAACGGAGGAGCUAAAACAAUGUAAAGACAACCUGAAGCUGCUGCAGGAUAAAGGAAGUAACCCUUCCGUAUUCCUACCCGUCCCAGCCGUAUUCUUCGGCCUAGUCCUGGCUUUCCUGUAUUGGUGUUACGGCCUGUUGUGGUAGAUUAAGAAACAGUGGCCUUGGAUGUCUGUAGUGGCAGCAUUGGUUGCCGUGACUGCAGUAAUUCUGUAUCCCGGCCUUACCAGAGGUGCGCCGUGAAAACUGCUCUUCAAGCCAUGAACCGUCCUUUAUUGAAGCUGGCAUUGCUCACUUUUUUUUGGAGAACACACAAAAAAACAGAUCCUUAAUCUUCCUUUUUACCUCUUUGAAACCACAAAACUCUGAACUGAGUACUGCAGUAGGGCCGUUGCUUUAAACUGUAAUAUAUGUAUUUGUUUAACAGGGAAUAAACGUGUGAUUGUAGGCAGCACUUUGCUUGCAACUUUUCAUGUAAUUUUAAAUCUAGUUUUCGUGGGAUUUGAAAUACUGUUCUAGUGGCCUCAAGUGGGCUUCUUGGUACCAAAUUAUUUAUGAUGGUUGAGUUUGUGGCUGUUUAACAUAGAAUCUCAUUGUAAAGAUUUCCAUGAACAUCUGUUGUAUAAUUGGGAUACAUAUGCCAAAAAAACAAAUUUGAAGAAAGGCGCACACAGUCUUCGGGCUGCCAAGUCCUUCCGUUUGGAGUCUAAUCCGGUAAACAUGUCCGCUGCGUCAUGGAGCUGUCCGGUACAAGCUCGUUUUAAAGAGACAACUUCUCUUUCCAUAGCCUUUAAUAGGAACGCAGUAUGGGUUUCAUUUUAGCUGUCUGCAUUAAGGGUUUUAUGUAUGUUGUAUUUAAUUCAUAUAUACAGUACCUGUACCGUCAUCAGAAACUUGUGUAUUUGUAUUAUAGUGUAUUAAAUAUAUCCCUAGUUCUAUAAAUGAAAUUCAGUCGCACACAGAUGCAAUCAAAUAUUUUAGUUUGUAUGUAAUAUAUAUUAUACUGCAUUUUUUCCAGUAGGUUUUGGGAGGAUAUAAACUUUGCAAUAAUACUUCUCAUCUAUAUCGCCUGAUGUUAAUGGGCAUCUCUUUAUUAAAUCAUCAGAGGCGAAAGAAUGAUUCUCUUUAUAUAAGCUUUCAUUGGAAAACCGGAUUUAUGGAGAUUUUGGACAGUGCUAAACUACUGUAAAGCCAAGAAUGUAUCAGUUCUGUACUUCCUGCUAAAUGCUUAUUGGCUGAUAGGCACUUCCUUCCAAACGCUCAUUGGCUUGUAGAUACAUCAGUGACUAUCAGCAGGAAAGACACAACUCAUACUGCUGGUUUAGGUGCAGUUAAAUUUAAACAACUUUGAUCUCAGUUUGUUUAAAUGCUGCUUGUUCUUAUACCUGAUGGAACAUUUUUGAGUGCAACAUCCCUCUAAAUAAUUGCAAACUAAUGUGCUGGCUUAUCAAGAGUCAGACAGGCAUCCAUCAGAUAAGGGUAAUGUAUAAAAAUGGGUUAGGGGUUGCUCUGUGUUGAGAUUUUGACAAUAUUAUUAAUCUGUAAUUUGAAAAAAGAAUGUUCCUACCAAAUAUGCAGAAUUGUUAGUUUGUUUGUUGGUUCUUGGAUGCACCCAUUAAUCUGAGUACAGAUGGCUAUCUAUUAAGUAAUUUCUCAAUAAAUCUAUUUAUUUAUAUCUUAUUGAUAACAGAAUAGACCCAGGGCUAGUGACCUGACCAGUAAGGGUAGUGUUUGCAGGCAAGAGCCUGUGCAAUACAUUAUAAAAUGUUUCAGUAUUUUUGUUGCUUUUUAUUAAUACUUAUACAAGAAUAGAUGAAACACUACUUUCUAUGUACAUAUGCAUAUAUUAUAUAAAAAAGCCACUGAAAGCUGAAGCAUGUUGUUAUGUAUUGCAAUCUGUAUUAUUUAGUUUUUAGCAAUGAAUUUCAAAUAUUAUCAGCCUACCAUAAUUAAUAAUCUAAUACUGGCUAGAGUUCCGUGUUACUUUAGUCAUCAUUCACUAAAGGAAUGGUGCCUUUGCUUAUCUUGUGUGCAUCACAAUAUGUGCCUGUGUUUCUCAUCUAGUGUUUUAGAAGAGGCACGUCCAACUUUUAUUUGGGGGGGGGGGGUUCCACAAAGACAAUAAAAAAUAAAUAUACUCACAAAACCAAAAACAUACCCAUUAGAAAGAUAUGUAGGACCAUUUAAGUUUGUAAUGGAGAGAUAGACAAACAAUGGAGUCCAAUUAAAAUGAACCCAAGGGCUGCGUUGUGGCCAACGGCUUUUGGUUGGACAUUCGUCUUCUAGAACCUCUGAGGCACCAUUUAGAAUAUCCCUGCUUGGCUUUAUCAGUGUAUCAAUCACUGUAGUUGACUAACUUGUGAUGGAGAUGGGAAAAUUCAUACAAUAAUGCCCUGUUGAGGUUUUUAGAUAACGGCUAACAAAUGUUGAUAAAGUUUUCCAAGAAAGUAAUUAAUGGAAAAAAACUAUCUAAUGCCCCAAAAAUGUUUAUAGUGAUAAUUCUACAACUUUCUGGUUCACCCGUUACUAUGGCACCAAAAGCUCUGUGUUAAAAGUGUAUACAUCGGAACUAGCGUUUAUCCUGGCCUUCUUUGUCACCACACAAGUAAUAUGCUGUACAUAAUGCCAGAGUAUAGCUUUGCGUGUGAUAGAUUUGAUUUAAACCAUGGAAAACCAAGGAAUAUUUUGUUUAAAUUUAUCCUAUAAACAUAUAUUUUUUAAAAAAACACAAUUAUUUUGCGUUAGUUCCAGUUUCUCGUUUUCCCACUCUCUGGUUUUAAAUGAUCAUCACACAUUUUAAGAGUUGCCUUUGUAUGUAAUAGUAAUGCACAAUUCAGAAGUGUAUAGUUAAUGAAUUCUAUAAUUAUGAAAUAGAUUAAAAAUUCUAAGAAGUGUGAAAUUGGUGGUUUCAAUUCCGAACUGAGCGGUGCCACACCAAGAUAAAACUAGGCUGGUAUUUUAUCUCACUACAUUUCGUACAUUGUGUUUGCGGUGUAAUUCUUGUGUGGCACUGGACUCCAGAGAAUUGGAUACCAUAUUUAUAAUAUGUGCCAGAAAAGCAGUGCAGUGUGUUGCCUUCAUCUUAAUACUGUACAACUGCAGCUUUAAUGAAGGUCUAAAAUAGAUAAUUCUGUAUGAAAAUUUACAUAGGAUUUUAUAUUUUAAUACGCCUGGUGAGGUGUAGGGGAGAGGUCUUUAGAUAGAUGUUUAUGUAAAUUCUGGUUUUGCUUGUGGGAGGAUGUUUAAUCGUUGGACAACUUACGAAUACGAGAAAAUAACCUGCAGCCUGUUCUUCAUCAUUUUCAUCUCUUCAUCAUUUUCAUCACGCCACCACCCAACCACAACACUCGUAUGCCAGUGGUACUUAGUACCUCUUGUAUAUAGAUUAUUGCAAAUAUUGUUCUGAGAUGCUAAACUUCAGAAUUACAUUUUUUAAGUAAAUAAUUGUUUUAAAUCUAUUUUGUAAAAAUAUAAAAAAGUUCCAUAGAAUUUCUGGAGCACAGAUUAAACUAUUUGCACUAACAAAUGUGAUGUGCAUGAUUUAAUAAAUAACUUUACUCUCA